AUGAGCACGAGAUCUCGAUUCCCCAUACACGUAGGCCUCUCUUCUCUUUCUGUUUGGAAUCGGGACAUAAUGCAAAUGAAUCCUAUCUCGAAGCUGGCUCUGGGGUUAAUACUUCUCGGCUCAGUUCUUGCCUCCUUUGCGGAACUUGAUUUUGGUCAUUGCGAGAGAGUUGUGAAAAAGUGGGCGGAUACUUCUUAUUCUCGUGAAGAACAUCCCAACAAAGACAAACGCUCGCUUCAGGAUUUGCUCUUCUUUCUCCAUGUUCCCCGAACUGGAGGCAGGACAUAUUUUCAUUGUUUCUUGAGGAAGUUGUAUGAUAACUCUGAGGAAUGUCCUCGAUCCUACGACAAGCUCCAUUUCGACCCAAGGAAAGAAAAGUGCAAGUUGUUAGCGACACAUGAUGAUUAUAGUUUGAUGGCAAAGCUUCCGAGAGAGAAAACUUCGGUGAUGACAAUAGUCCGGGAUCCAAUCGCUCGUGUGUUGAGCACUUAUGAAUUUUCAGUGGAGGUAGCAGCUAGGUUCUUGGUGCAUCCCAAUUUGACUUCUGCGAUUAGGAUGUCUGGCCGCAUUCGCAAGCGUAAUGUAAUCAGCACGCUAGACAUAUGGCCAUGGAAGUAUCUAGUUCCAUGGAUGAGAGAAGACCUGUUUGCUCGGCGAGAUGCACGAAAAGCUAAGGGCGUAGUUAUCAUUGAGGACGAUAACCCAUAUGACAUGGAGGAGAUGCUUAUGCCGUUGCACAAAUAUCUCGAUACGCCUACUGCUCAUGAUAUAAUCCACAACGGAGCUACAUUUCAGAUUGCAGGAUUGACAAAUAACUCCCAUUUAUCAGAAGCACAUGAGGUUCGGCAUUGUGUGCAGAGGUACAAAAGCCUUGGUGAGCCUGUUCUACAAGUCGCUAAGAGAAGGUUGGACAGCAUGUUGUAUGUUGGACUGACAGAGGAGCACAGGGAAUCUGCAUCACUUUUUGCCAAUGUAGUGGGUUCUCAGGUGCUCUCUCAAAUGGUUACGUCAAACGUAACUGCGAAAAUCAAAACCACUAAACCAGAAGCAAGUGUUACAGUUUCAGAAUCGGGGUCAGAUAAGAGUGAAAUUCAGAAUGGUACAUCUGAAGUUGCAUCGAAUAAGAUCGAAGCUAAGAGUGGAAAUAUGACAGUGAAAAUCCUUAUGGAAGUCUAUGAAGGCUGCAUUACUCAUCUACGGAAAACCCAAGGAACCAGACGGGUCAACUCCUUGAAGAGAAUUUCGCCAGCAAAUUUUACCGGAGGGACGCGCACAAGAGUUCCUAACGAGGUCAUUCAGCAGAUCAAAUCGCUAAACAAUCUAGACGUGGAGCUUUACAAGUAUGCAAAAGAAAUCUUUGCCAAGGAACAUGAGCUAGUGUCAAAAAGAUUGGUUUCAACUUCUAAGAGAGGCAUUGAUGAUCUGCAGAAUGAGUUAAGGAGCGUAUUUGGAGAAAUGGAUGAUGAGAAGCUGUGGAAGUCCGUAUCAGUGGCAUUGAUGCUUUUAUUGCUCUUCCUCUUGUUUCUAUUUGUAAACGCUAGAAGAAGAAGAACCUCUAAGGUUAAGAUUUGAUCAUUGUCACUCUCUUUGGCCCAAAUCAGCAAUUUGGAGGACCUUUAGGGGUCUAAUUGUAAUAUUCUUUUCUUUUCGACUUUUCGUGGAAAAGAAAAAGUUUUGGGUGUUGCCUUACAGGUGAAAAAGGGAAAAUCAGAAGUAAGUCUAUCUUCUUUUUUUUUCAAAAGGCUAAAAAAAAAAUUAUAAACGAAACUUAGUGCUGUUUAUUAAAAAGACUUGAAAAGUUUUUAUUGUUCCA